AUGGCUAAGUAUCCGCAGAUGAUUCUCUUCGGCGAGGACGUCGGCCGGCGCGGCGUCUACGGGGUCACCACCAAGCUGGCCGAGCGGGCCGGAUCGGCACGCGUGUUCAACACCCUGCUGGACGAGCAGUCGAUCCUGGGGCUGGCGAUGGGCGCCGCCCACGUGGGACUGCUGCCGGUGCCGGAGAUUCAAUACCUGGCCUACUACCAGAACGCCCAGGACCAGAUCAGGGGCGAGGCGGCGACCCUCUCGUUCUUCUCGCAGGGCGGUUUCCGCAACCCGCUGGUCGUGAGAAUCGCGAGCUGGGGGUACCAGCGGGAUUCGGCGGGCACUUCCACAACGACAACAGCAUCGCCGUGCUGCGCGAUCUGCCGGGCGUCGUGAUCGCCAGCCCGUCGCGCGGCGACGACGCCGUGGGGAUGCUCCGUACCGCCCUGGCGCUGGCGGUCACCGACGGUCGCGUGGUGCUG